CAUGUGGCGUCUGAUGAAUGCUUUCUUCAACGACUGGUAUCCAACAGCAGUCGCGGAAGUUUAGCCAAUAAUUUCGAAAAGCUAAAUGUUAUCGAAUCUAAUUCUGGGAAGGAUUUUUGGAGUGAAAAUUUUCAACAGAAGGAAUGGAUCCUAGACUUUGCGACUAUUAUCCAAAAUUAUGAAUUACGGGAAAGGUAAAUCAUCCCUUUUGGAAUUCAAGAAGCAGCAAUGGGCCAGAGAGAGAGAGGAGAUGGCUCGGAUGGGAGAAGUGUUCUCGCAUGCUUCCCAUAAGUUCGAACGAACAUCAGUGAGAACUUAUUACUCCAACAUAGAUUUAAGUCGCAACGCCCAGUUCGUAGGUGACAGUAAUCGUGCAAACUAUGAUUUUGCCAACAAUAACGACACCACCCCUACACAAAGUGUCUACAAUGCAAGACCAACGCAAAGACUUCGUAGCCCAAGUUUACCAUCGAUUCGGCAAAGGAACUUCAGCUCCAGGGAAAUGCCUAGUCGACGGCAUGAAGAGGACACUUCAGGAUAUACCAGCGAUUCGGGAAACAAUUGCCAAAGUCCUGAUGUCUGGCGUCGUGAUGAAGCUCAUGAAAAACGUCAGUUAUCGAAGAACUAUAAAAACUCCCAAAAUUAUGAUAGAAGUCUGAAAGGUCAUUACUAUCAAGAUGACCGUGACCACCACCCAACCCAUCCUUCGGCGGUCAUUCAUCGACAGGGGAGGACUGGAAAAGUCAACCCAUUACAGUCGCGUGAGCAGGCAUUAAUUGUGGCAGGAAAUGGUAAUUUUAGUGACAGUGGAAAUGACAAUGACGAGCAGCUACAAAGUAGCUACUACAUCCCACCUACAAGUCCAUCGAAUGUGAGUCGUGAUUUAUCCACGUCGAGUACAUAUCCUAUUUAUCCAGAACAAUCUAACGAACGGGCCAAGUGGAGCAAUUGGAAAGGAAACGCUUCAGACUAUUCUAGCCAGAAAAGUGGCCCCGAGUGGCUCAGUCGCGGAAUGCAUGACAUCAAAGAUAGUGAGGACGAUACUCAAUCACUUCAAUCCGUGUCUUAUCUUCGCGGACAGAAUGUUCCUCUCGACCCAUUUAUUUUGGCGGAACGGGUUGAUAAACGGCGUAAAGCUCUAGAAUUUCAACAGGCCAUCAAGCAGCAACUAGAAGAACGGGAGCGAAUGCGACAAUGGGAACAAGAAAAGAAAUUGCAUGAAGAGCGAAUGGAGGAGGAACGACUUGCUCGUCAAAGGCAAAUUGAAGAAGGUCGUCUGAAAUAUGAACGAGAAUUGCAAAAUGAAAAAAAAGAGGCAGAGAAAAGGAAGCAAGAGGCAAUGAAGUUAGCUCUUCAGAAAGCAGAAGAAGAAGCCAGAAAGGAAAAGGAGAGACGCAAGCGGCAUAGACUACCGAUACAACUGAAAGCCAUAGAAGCACCCAAUGUAGAAGAACCGAUUAGAAAGCAAUUUGUUGCGCCCAAACAAACAGAACCACCUCAGCAACAACUCACAUCACCCAAGGAGAUGAAGUCACCUGAAGUUGAAGAAAAAAUUUUAAUUGGAACUCCCAUUAAAAUGAAAAAGACUGUUAUAAAGAACCCCACUCCAGAGCCAGUAGAACCAAAAGAAGUUAAACCACCUAAACCACCAGAAACUAAAAUUACAACCGAAGUUAAGGAAACGAAAGAUUCCGGACGCGAAAUGGAUAGUGUCGCUGUAGUUUUACAACCAACAACCCUAAUACCACUGCCCGUAACUACUGACGUAUUCGGUUUACAAAACACAAUUGGAAAUCUGCAGGUAGCUGCGUAUCUGAUGCAGCAAAAUCAACUAUUCUCGCAAAUCGCUCAAUCUCAAAAAACGUUUGUAGAACCCCCACAAAAAAUUGUAGUGGACCAAAGUACUCUAACUAAUGAAGUUAAUUUCGUGAGAACUCCUGAAUCGUAUACAACAACUGAAGACAAAAGCCUUCUUGAAGACGAAGAAAGCCUCCGAAGUAUGAACAAGGAAGAGUGUAAGUGCUGUAUGUGUGGCAAAUUUGGAACCUCCACCGAACCUGUGAAAAACAUCGAAAACAUUAACGAAAUGGCCAUUGUCCCAGCCAAGCCCUCGGCCGUCUUAUCCCAUUCAUGCGAUGCAGAAACACAGACUGACGUGCAAUCAACCUGUGAACUGUGUCUCAUGCACAAUCAUUUCUACAAAAUCUUCUUAAAACGCGAAAUAUCCACAACCACCACGACUCAAACAAAACCCGGUGUUCCAACAACUGAAAUUCCAGAAAAGGACUCUGAAACUACCACAACAACGACCACAACGACAACCACCACCUACCAUGCAAAAUCUAAUCGAAAAAAACGCGGCGAAAAACUUGAAGAACGUCCAAAAUGGGGAGUCAAUCGUCCAAUAGUUCAGUACGUGAAAGCAAGCGAUCGUGAUCCAUUCUGCCUACGCAAUCGCAAGAAAAGAUCCAUGAAGGCACCAAGGAGCCAGUCGGUGGAUUCAAAACUCAGCAACCUGAAUGACACAACUUCCACGAACUCAUCAGCUUCCGGAAAAGCUCGAACUGUUUGCACGGAAAUCCUUCCACUGAAGACAGACGAAAAAGGUCGGAUCAUCUUCAAUUUUAGCGAGGCGACGAGUUACAUGAAGGAGGACGAAAUCAAGGACCAGUUGCGCGAAAAGUAUUUCAAUUUAGGACGAAUUUUGAUAAAACGAAACUGCGACGCCACGGAAGACAAGCAAAAGGACGAAGACGGUGUUGUAAGCGAAAUCAUUAUCCGGAGAGCCAGUGAUCCAGACUUAGAUGCAAAUAGUUCUUAGUGGAUAUUUAUAGGCAAAGGACAAAUCCGUUUAGUGAUAAGAUUUCAGCUACCAGUAUCUAACUCAAUCAUUCGAUUUAAACAUUUUUCUAUUCAUACCCACACUUAGACGGUAAUAAAAGGUGCAAGAAAUGAU